AGAUGAAGUUUUUAGACAUUUACAAAUUUUACCUUGUAAUCCGAAAGAUUACAACAAAGGACGRUGUAGAUUGGACACCGAAACUAUGGAAAGUCUUGGUCUUAUAAUUGGUUCACCGAUACGAAUGAAAACAAGUAGUAAAUAURUAUAUUGCAAUGYUUGGCCUCAUAUUGAAAACAGCUGUGAUKUUCGUUUUGUCCAGUUUGAUGAUUUGAUCACAUCACCUUUGACAAGUAWCAGUAGCAGUUCAUUGACACAGUGUCUGGACAUAGCAGAAGGGAUCAUGAAGCUACGACCACAAGAGUCUACCUGUGUUACAGUCUCUGUGUUUUUAAAGGACAUUGGAAGCAGUAGAAAUACUYCUUCAAAAAAACUGUUCGAAAAACAGCUGGGAAGAAGACUAGCAUUACUUCUGAAAGGGRUGACAUUAACUAAAGGGUGUCUUGUGAAACCAAGGAACUUCAAGAAUCAAAGCAGUGCUUUAAUGAAGACAAUCUGGGGUGUUGUUAUUGAAGAUAUUCAGCCACAUGGUGAUUGCACWAAUUUCUAUUUCUCAGAAAAUACAAAAAUAUAUUUCAAGUCAAUUAAAAUGGAUCAUUUUUCAAAAGAGAGCUCAAAAUCUGCCAUGGCUGGAUUGCAUGAAGCAUCACAAGUACUGAAAGAAAUGUUGAGUUACCCCUUUGAUUACCCAGAGUCCUUUGCCCACAUAGGUUUAGAAUGCCCUAAGGGGAUAUUAUUACAGGGUGCACCAGGCGUUGGUAAAACAUUGAUGGUCAAAAAUAUCACUGCUGAGUGCAAUGCACAGUUAAUUACUCUUAAUGGGACUGAUGUCUUUGGACCUCAUUCUGGCGAAAGCGAGGAAAACCUACGAAAGACUUUUGAAAAAGCAUGGUUGGCGUCCAAGACAGGACCUUGCGUUCUUUUUAUUGAUGAGAUAGAUGCUCUCUGUCCUAAAAGAGGGACCAGUGGUAAUGAAGAAGAAAACAGAAUAGUAGCUCAACUCUUGACUCUUAUGGAUGGCAUGAAAAGCAGGGGUAAAUUAGUUGUUAUUGGUGCUACAAACAGACCAAAUGCUUUGGACUCUGCUCUUAGAAGGCCUGGUAGAUUUGACAGAGAGGUUGUCAUAGGAGUCCCAGGUCCAGUAAAAAGGCUUGAAAUCCUUAAAGUACACACUGCUAAUGUACAGCUUGAGUGUGAUGUUGACCUGCCACAAAUUGCUGAAWCCACUAUUGGAUAUGUAGGUGCAGAUUUAGCAGCAUUGUGCAGAGAAGCUGCAUUUACAGCAAUGAAAAGAAGUUUACUUGCUGACAAUACAUCGUGUAAGCAACAAAGAGGAAGUGACAGGGGAAGUGUGAAGAUGAGUGACUUCCAGCUAGCCAUGUGCCACAUCACUCCAUCUACUCRCAGGGGGAUGGAGGGGAUUACUGAUGUUCGUUCAAUAAGUUGGAGUGACAUUGGAGGGCUUUGUGAAGUAAAACAAGCUUUAAAACAGUCAAUAGAAUGGCCAUUAAAGCACCCAGAAGCAUUCUCACGGCUUGGUCUUCAGCGUCCACGAGCAGUGUUGCUGUAUGGACCACCAGGCUGUUGUAAGACAACAUUAGUUCAUGCACUUGCUUCCUCCUGUAACUGCACAUUUCUGUCACUAAGUUGUGCACAGCUAUUUUCACCUUAUGUUGGAGAUGCAGAAAGAAUGAUUAGAGAGGUUUUUCUAAAGGCAAGAGCAACAGCACCAUCAAUUUUAUUUCUUGAUGAGCUUGAUUCAAUAGCUGGGAAAAGAAGAUCUGAAAGUAGUGGAAAUGACGUCACGUCUCGUCUUCUGGCAAGCCUUUUGAAUGAAAUUGAUGGAGUAGGAGUAUCAGCCAACAUCUAUGACUCUAAUACUGAGAGCAACACUGGAAGACACCAGAAUGCAUCUGAAUCAAAUSAAGACAGUAUAUUAAGCUUAAAGACCAAUUCUUCUAGUCAAGACACAGUAGACACUUCCAAAGAAAAACGGCUUUCAAAGCUACAAAAUGUUAAAGAUCUCAUUCUAGUAGCUGCAACUAACAGACCCAAUGCUAUUGAUGAGGCACUUUUAAGACCAGGUCGUAUUGACCGCRUGAUUUAUGUCCCUCCACCUGAUAGGGACACAAGACUGGAGAUUCUGAAGGUACAUACACAUUCUAGUCCAAUAUCAAAGGAUGUUGAUCUSAAUUUGAUUGCUGACAAAACAGACAUGUUUUCUGGAGCUGACUUGGAAAAUCUCUGCAGAGAGGCAGCUAUUUUUGCAUUAGAAGAAGACCUCACUGCRAGCAAAAUCAACAGUGAACACUUCCAAAAUGCUUUGCUGAAUGUUAAACCAUCACUUGCUAAAGAGCAACUCGACAAGUACAUCAAAUGGAGAUGAAAAUUAAAGGUAUCUUUGUGGCUGUGUAUUUAACACCUACCAGUUUUCAUUGGCCCAUGCUGUAAACCUCCUCAACAUUGCUUUCGAUGUAAGCCUCCUCAGUGCUUCAACCAGCAUAGUAUAUUGAUGGUCUGUAUCAACUAUGAUGCAUUGACCAUACUCAUUGCAGUAACCAGAUAUAUUGCCACAUAGACUUCCAGAAGCUUGGUAGAUGACUUGUCCAGUUAAUGUACUGGAUGAAACACAUCCAUUCUUCAGAAAAAUGUAAAAUAUAUGAAUAUAUGAAUUCAUACAUAAACAUUGUAAAAUAUAGUCAUCUUUAUUGCUAUGGUACCUUUUUAUGACUGCAGCAAACGUGACACAUGCUAUCAAAGCUUUUGCAUGAGCACUGGUCCAAGUUGUAUUUUGUACAUAUAGAUCCAGUACACACACCAUCUAAACAUGUAUUGCUGCCAUAGUUACAGGUCGUGUUGGAUGGUUUAGAGACUGGUAUUGGACAUGUAACAUUGAUAGUAGUGAUGUAUGUCAAGGAAUUAGUAAAGGAAUUGAGUUAUAUCUGCCACAAAAAUGUUUCCUCAUCAUACAAAAUAUCCUCAUCACUUAAAAUAAGCUUAUUUAGAAAGCAGAGAAUAUCUGAAAGGAUAUUUGCAAAUGGACCUAUAAGUACAAUCAGUUUCUUCUUGACAUGUUGUGUUUUCAGAGGUAAUUAACUGGCAGUUAUCACURCAGCAAGGUCCUUUCUUUGGACUGUCAAUAUAAACAAUAAAUGUAAUAAAUUAA